AGACACACGCUCGAGAUGGAAUUUUUGCACCAUAUGUAGUCACAAGAGAAGAUCUGUUGGGCUGUAGACGCCCGUGAAAACUGUCACAGUGUUUGUACAAAAGUGUUUGCGGAUAUUUGCACAGAAACCCUUCUCAUGCAGGUUAAUGACGGGCCAAGGCGCCAGCAAGCGUGUCUCAAGACCUUCAUGGAGAUGGAGAAGAUGGCAGAGGAGCUGCACAUAUUGACCAAGGAACAGAAUGUCAAGGCAGAGAUUCGGGCGGAAUGUGAGGAUUUUACCCGAGAUGAACACGACGACACAUCUGAAUCGCCCAUCGAGCAGAGCAAGCAAGAGAAGGAAGAAGAAAAGGAAGAACAGUUAAUGGAAGAAAAGAAAAGGAAAAAAGAGGACAAGAAAAAGAAAGACGCCACUCAGAAGUCCCUUAAAUACUUUGCUGAAAUGCACAGAACUUCCCCCAACAAGGUCAAGAGCUUUUGCAGAGUUACAGAACAAAAAACCAAAGUGCCCGAAGCGACGAAGCCAAGCCUAAGCCAGCCUCCAACUGCCACCCCAGUUGGCAGCGUUCCAACACCAGCCGGCAACGGUGGUAACAAUGCCAAAAGGGCGGUGGCCACCAACGGCCAGCCACAGAACGCCGCCCGCUAUCUGCCCCGUGAGGUGCCUCCUCGAUUUCGCCAGCACGAGCACAAAGUGUUACUAAAACGUGGUCAGCCCCCUCCACCUUCCUGUGGGCUUCUUGGAGGUGGGGUGGGGCCUCCUGGGUUGCCAGGAUCAAACCCUGGCACUGCACAACCAUUGACGCAGCCCAGCUGUCCACUGCAGCACGGCAGUACACCAGUGGAUGCAAACCCUGGGGGUGCUGGUUCAAAUUAUGCAAAUUCUGCUUGGGGUUCUGGAUCGUCCAGCACUGACCUCAACCACGGCUGGGAUAAGUUAAUCGUAGACGGGUCUGAUAUGGAGGCUUGGCCUUGCAUCACAGGCAGAGACUCUGAGUCGGCUUCGGAACACGUAGACAACGAAGGUGCCUCAAACCUUGGCUCAGAGAAGAGCCUGCCACCAGGAAGUGGCGCUGCCAGGAGCUGCAAAGGAGCUGCAAACCAGUUUGCUGCUGGGAGCGGAAAGAAUGAAUGUAAAUUGGGGGCCUGGAACAUGGGCCUCGUGCCUAAACCCAGUCACGCAUCUUCCAUCUCUUCGGAGAGCAAAGACGGACUUAGCAAUUGGAAAAACUUGAGCAACCCUGAUGGAGCUGGCCUUGGGUUGACCUUGAACCCAAAUAUCAAUCCAUCGGCCUGGCCGAUGUUGGGUCAGGAGGGCAAUUCUGGAAAAGGGACUUUGGAGACUGAUGUUUCAAGCUCCAGUGCACAACUCAGUGCAGUAGGUCAAAGCCCUAGGGAUCAGGAUGGUACUUCUGCAAGCGCCUGGGCAAAUAAGUCAAAAACGGAAAAUGCGGGUGUUACAUGGAAUGCUUCUGUUGGAGAACAGCCUCAAGCUCUUAACACUGAUGGACCAAAUAAUGGCGACACUAACUCUUUGAAUGCAAGCUCACAGAGCACCGGGAACCCUUUGCAAAAUAAGGUAGUGUCUGAUACAACAGGAAACGGGACCUGGAACAUGCCAUUAGGAAUGGGUUUGGGAAACCCCUUGGUAUUGAAUCAAUCUGUGAGCACUGAAGCCUCAUCCGAAGGCAGUAUUAAAGGAACUAUGGAGGGACGGGGAACUGGGGGAUCUUGGAAUACAGUUUGGGGGUCUUCUGGAACUGAUUCAAUUUCUGGACAAAAUGGUACAGGAGCUGAUGGCAAUAGUGGACGCAAUGGUGAUGAUACAGCAAAGGCUGGCUCUGGUAUGAAACAGUUACUGGUGAAUAGAUCAAGAACUGAAUCAUGGGAUAGUAAUAGUGGAUCUUGGGACUCUGAGGCACAAGACCCCAACAAAGCAAAAAAUUGGGGCAAAGGGAACAGAACAGCAUCAGGUGGUGCUCAGGGUUUGUGGGGGCAACAGCCAGGGACUGAUAAUCGCUCAGAAGGGGAAUGGGGUGGCACUCCUAAUGAACAGAAUUGUGGCACAGGCGGAUGGGACAAUCACAGGGUAAAUCCCCUCCCAGAAAACCAAGGAGACAACACCCAAAAUUCCAACUGGGUGAAGGCCUCUAGUUCCACUGGAAGUGAUUCUGGUAGUCGAGGCAACAAUAAAAGGGGAGGCUCAGAAAACCACCCAGGAGGACGACGUUUAAACAAGACUGAUCCUCUUGAUCAAGAGGAGGUAAUACAGUCUGUAAUAAGUAGGCCUGAUCUGGACCCUAGAGUGUUGUCAAAUACUGGGUGGGGUCAAACUCAGAUUAAGCAGAACACAGUCUGGGAUGUACAGGAGUCACCAAGGAAUGAGAGGCGCACUGAUAGAGGAACAGAAGGAUGGGAGAGCACCGCCACUCAGAGCACUAACUCAGGGGGCUGGGGUGAAGCACCUAGUCAAAGCAGUCACUGCAACUCUGGGUGGGGAGAUGCUCCACAGUCUUCAAGUAUGGAGUCUGAAAGUCCAAGUGGAUGGGUGGACCCAAAAAACAGUCAAGGCUGGGCAGGUGGGACACCAGAAGAGAAGGCACCGUCAUGGAAUGAUGCGCCUAGAAUCAAAGAACCUGGUUGGGGUGCAAGACAGCAACCAACUCAAGGUUGGUCGCCCAACAGCGGGUGGGGUGAUGGAAGUGGGCAACCAGCUGAACAACCAAAAGCAGGUGGAUGGGACAAUUCAAACUCCAGAUGGGGUGACAGUGGACGUGGUGAAGUAGGAUCUUGGGGUGGUGGUAACUCUAAUUCAAACCAGAGAAGUGGGUGGGAGGAUCCAACAAGACACCAGGGAUGGGGUGAGCCAUCAAAAACAGCCACCACUAAUUGGAAUAAACAACAGGAUGUCUCUGGCUCUUGGGGUACUGCCUCUGCAGGGAGCAGGCAAUCAGGACCAGGCUGGGGCUCGGCCUCUGUGCCACCUGCACCCAACCCAGUUGUGCCAAAGGAGGAGGAACCUACUGGAUGGGAAGAGCCUUCACCACAGUCCAUCUCUCGAAAGAUGGAGAUCGAUGAUGGCACCUCAGCCUGGGGUGAUCCCAACAGCUACAACUAUAAGAAUGUGAAUCUCUGGGACAAGAACUCCCAAAGUGAGAGCUCUGGAAGUGGACCGGUGCAUCGGGAGCAGAAUUCAUCUGGUGUGGUUACAGGACGAGGUUCCACAUCAGGUUCUGGUUCAAAAGCUAUGCAAGAUGGAUGGGGUGGUGGUGAUCGACCUACUAUGGCCAGUACCCGCCCCCCAAGCUGGGAAGAAGAUGAUGAUGGUUCAAUUGGCCUGUGGAACAGUGCUGGAACUCAGGAGAGUAGUUCAUCCUACAACUCAAAUAACUGGACCUCGGGCGGAAAGAAAAUUCAUAAGGGCUCCAUGAAAGGCGGAAGCAAUGACACAUGGAUAAAUCCCCUCUCUACGCAAUUUUCCAAAAUGGGAUUACUGAGGGAGCCUUCAGAAGAUGGUGUUGGUAACAAAAUGGACUUAACUGUUGUUGGACUAUCAGACAAAAAGCUGGAAUCUGACAAACGAGGAAUGAACAUUGAUUACAAUGGAAUGAUGAGGAAGGAUCGAUCAGGAUUUCGGCCACCAAAUUCCAAAGACUCGCCUACUGCAGACAGCGGACCCUAUUUUGAGAAGCUGACUUUGCCUUUCUCCAAUCAAGAUGGGUGCCUGUCUGAUGAGGCACCUAACUCGCCCUUCUCCCCUCCUCCAAGCUGCAAGCUGUCUCCCUCGGGCACUGCUCUACCCACCACCAGCCUCGGCUGCAUCGGCUCUGGUCUUAACAUGCAAAAUCUAAAUGCUAGACACAAUGGCAAUCAUGGUUUAUUUGGUGGUAGCACAGCACAAUCCAGGGGUGUGCAUACACCUCAAGUACAACCCAUGAAUUCAUCCCAGCCUAACCUUCGGCCUCAAGUGCCUCCACAGUUCCUACCCCCUCCUCAGGUUCCUGCCUCCAUGUUGAAGCAUACCACUCCGAAUGGUGCGCUGAACCCAGCCCUAUUUAGCCUUGGUCCUCAAUUAUCCCCUCAACAAAUAGCUAUGCUCAGUCAACUCCCACAACUCCCACAGCUGCAGUUGGCUUAUCAGCUCUUGAUUCAGCAACAACAGCAGCAAGUACUGCAGAACCAACGAAAGCUCUCUGCGGCUGUCCGACAACAGCAAGAGCAGCAGCUUGCCCGCAUUGUAAGCGCUCUGCAGCAGCAGCAGCAGCAGCAACACCGACAUAACAACACCCCUGGGAUGAAACACUCGCCAUCACAUCCCGGCAUACCCAAGCAACACCUGGAUAAUGUUGUGCCUAAUUCUGUUCCCUCUGGCCUUCCAGACUUCCAGACCAAAGGACAACUUCAGCCGGGUUACCCAAUGGGUCUGGGUUCAAAUAUGAACGUAAACCAAUUAGACGUCAACAGUAUUGUAGGAAUGAAGGAACCUCAGUCCCAGCAAUCUCGGCUCAAGCAGUGGACGACCAUGGAGGGUCUUUCACCUGCCACUCCACCGCCAGAUCACAACCCCCUCAAAAAUGGUGCAAUUUCGAGCAGCAUGGCACCGCCAAAGUCUCGAGAUAGUUUGCCCUAUUAUGAAAUGAUAACUGGUGACUCUUUGGCCAGCCAUUCGGGUCCUGCAAGUGAUAACUGGUCCACAUCUAAGCUCUCAAAUGGUUCCAGCAGCUCCAGUUGGCCUCCAGAAUUCCGCCCUGGGGAACCAUGGAAGGGUUUUCAAAACAUUGACCCUGAAUCAGACCCGUAUGCGACGCCAGCAAGCAUGAUAAAUAGCUCUGCAGCACCCCCAUCCCCGGACUCAGAACACCAACUUCUCAGGGACAGGAGCACAGGGUCCAGUUCCUCCCUGAACACCUCGCUGCCUUCACCUGGUGCCUGGUCCUAUAGUGCCUCAAACAGCUCCUACAGCACCGUACAGAGCACUUCAGCCAAGUUCAACGACUUCAAGUCAACGUGGUCUCCAGAUCCAAUUGGACAUCCCAGGAUGUGGAAGAAUCAGAUGUCAUCUAAAAACACUAACCCGCCAACCCGGCCACCACCAGGACUGACCAAUCAGAAGCCUCCGUCAUCUCUAUGGGGCAGUGGUGCACCCCGAUUCAGCAGAGGGUGGGGUGUACAGGACUCACGAUAUGCCCUGAGUUCAAACUGGGGUGACGGCAGUUCGGGUGGGUCUGUUCGGGUCAGCUCCUGGCUUGUUCUUCAUAAUCUCACUCCACAGAUUGAUGGCUCCACCCUGCGAACAAUCUGCAUGCAGCAUGGCCCGCUGAUAACAUUCCACCUGAACCUGACACACGGCACUGCACUGGUCCGAUACAGCACCAAGCAGGAGGCUAUUAAGGCCCAGACUGCGCUGCACAUGUGUGUGUUGGGGAACACUACCAUCCUUGCUGAGUUUGUCAGUGAAGAGGAAGUCAACCGCUAUUUUGCACAAGGUCAGUUAUCAACACCAUCCCCAGGCUGGCAGACACUGGAGACAGGACAGAGCCAGAUGGAUCCAGUCGGGAGCAGCCUUCACUCGUUUGGUGGACGGUCUGGCCUGGGACAGUGGAACAGUGCCGGAGGAGUGGGCAGAGGUAGCGGGAACCUGGCGGGAGCCUCACUUUGGGCAACCCCAAGUUACACGGCAAGCCUGUGGGGAGCCCCGAAUUCUGAUGAUUCGCACCGAAUGGGCAGUCCGGCCCCCCUACUACCUGGUGACCUCCUGGGCGGAGGGGCUGAUUCAAUUUGAACUUCUAAGCUUUCAACCUUUGACCUGUGACCUCGUGAACUUUUUUGAACAGCAGCACUAAUGUGUUUUUUUUCAAACUGCAAUAAGUUUCAAAACAAGUUUAAAAAAAAGGAGAAAAAAAGAAAAAAGUGAAACAAAUUAAGGGGGUCAUCCACAGUCUCUUUUGUGCACAUAGACACCUCCCUCCUAAUUUUCGGCUACUUUUUUUUAAUCAAAAAAAAACAAAAAACAAAAAAAAACAAAAAACAUAUCACACUUCGAAAUACUUGAAUCAUGAACGCCAACAUUAAAAAUGUGAAGUACACUUUACCAUCAAAAAAUAAAUACGUUUUUUUUAAAUAGUAGUAUAGUUUUUCCUUACAUGAUUCCCCCCCCCCCCCCCCC